CGUGAGGCGGCUGCAGUGUUGUGUCGGCGCCUCCGGGUGCCGCUGUUGGGCCGCCGCCGAGCGUUGCUGGAGCCGCCGCCGCCGCCGCCUGUGCGUGCUGUCCCCGCAGGCUGCUGGCUCGGGCGGGCAGUGCGGGCCAGAGCGGCAGCGGCACGGGCAGCAGAGGCGAGAGGCGGCGCGGGCAGCAGAGGCGUGCGAGUUGGAGGCGGCGGCGGGCCGGGUUUGCUUUGUCGGGCGCUGCUGGGGCUGCGCAGAGCGGCUGCGAGGGAGGCGGGGCAGCGGCAGGAGCCUUGCGAGCUCGGCGAGCGAGCGCUGUGGGCGAUGUCGGGCGGGCGGAGGGCGAGCGGCGGGCCGGGCGGCGGGCGAGCGCUGGGGCUGGGCGCUGUGCUGCUGUGGCUGUGCUGGCGGGCGGCGGCGGAGCGGCUCCGCUACUCCAUCCCCGAGGAGCUGCCCAGAGGCUCGCUGGUGGGGCCGCUGGCCCGGGACCUGGGGCUCAGCGCCGACGAGCUGCCGACGCGCAAGCUGCGGCUCAGCGCGGACAAGCAAUACUUCACGGUGAGCGAGGGGAACGGGAACCUGUACGUGAGCGAGAGGCUGGACCGGGAGGAGCUGUGCGGCGAGUCGUUGUCCUGCUCGGUCAGCUUCGAGGCGCUGGUGCACAACCCGCUCAACGUUUUUCAUGUCGAGGUGGCCAUUGAGGAUGUGAAUGACAACUCUCCUACCUUCAGGAAGGCUGUUUUGGAACUUGAGAUUGAUGAAUGGAUCCCUCCCGGCACUCGUUUUCCUCUGGAGAUGGCCCGAGAUGCAGACGUGGGUAGCAACUCUCUGCUGAGUUACGAGCUCAGCAGCAACCCGUCCUUCUCUUUAGCCAUGAAGGACACUCAGGACGGAAGCAAGCCGGAAUUAGUGCUGGAGCGAGCGCUGGACCGGGAGAAGCAGAGCUUCUUUGAGCUGGUGCUGACAGCGGUUGAUGGCGGGGACCCCAUGAGGUCCGGGACUGUCCAGGUUCGUGUCAACGUGACGGACGCCAAUGACAACCCGCCCGUGUUCUCGCAGGACCGAUACCAGACAAGCCUUCGCGAGGACACGCUGCCAGGUUCGGAGGUAUUGAAAGUGUCAGCCUCAGAUGCCGACGCCGGCACCAACGCCCACAUCACUUACAGAUUCGGGGAAAUGCCGGAUAAGGUGCUUCGGACAUUCGUGGUCGAUGCAGACACUGGGUCGAUCACGCUGCGGGAGGGUCUGGAUUUCGAGGACAUGAGGACCUUCAUCCUGGACGUGGAGGCAAAGGACGGUGGCGGUCUGGUGGCGCACUGCAAGGUGGAGGUGGAGGUGCUUGACGUGAAUGACAAUGCGCCCGACAUCGAGAUCCUGUCGCUGUCGAGCCCCGUGCCCGAGGACGCUCCGGUCGGCACCGUGGUGGCUCUGCUGAAAAUUCGGGAUCAGGACUCCGGCGAGAACGGUGAGGUGUCGUGCGAGCUGUCGGGAGAGGCGCCGCUGUCGAUCGUGGCGUCGUCGGGCGGCUCGUUCAAGGUGGUGACGGCGAGCGCGCUGGACCGCGAGCAGGCGUCCGAGCACCGCGUGACGGUGGUGGCCCGGGACCGGGGCAGCCCGGCGCUGUGGAGCAGCAGGGAGCUGGUGCUGGAGGUGUCGGACGUGAACGACAACGCGCCGGUGUUCGAGGAGGCGUCGUACAGCGCGUACGUGCGGGAGAACAACGCGGUGGGCUUGCUGGUGUUGCGCGUUGUGGCUCGGGACUUGGACGCGGGCGCGAACGGGCGCGUGAGCUACUGGCUGUCGGGCGGCAGCGCGGGCGCGGCGGGCGCGGCGCCGCUGGUGUCGGUGGAGGCGCGGAGCGGCGCGGUGUACGCGCAGCGCUCGUUGGACUACGAGCAGUGCCGCGAGUUCUCGGUGGCCGUGCGGGCGCAGGACGGCGGGUCGCCGGCGCGCAGCUCGACGGCCACGGUGCGCGUCUUCGUGCUCGACCAGAACGACAACGCGCCGCGGGUGCUCUACCCGCCCCCGCCGGCGGCGUCGGGAUCAUCGGCCCUGGGCUCGGUGGGUUCGGCUUUCGAGGUGGUGCCGCGUUCGGCGUCGUCCGGGUACCUGGUGGGCAAGGUGGUGGCGGUGGACGCGGACGCGGGGCGCAACGCGUGGCUGUCGUACGAGCUGGUGCAGGCGUCGGAGCCGGCGCUGUUCCGCGUGGGGCUGCAGAGCGGCGAGGUGCGCACGGCGCGGGCCGUGUCGGAGAGGGACGCGGCCAAGCAGCGCCUGGUGGCCGUGGUGAAGGACCACGGCGAGCCGGCGCUGUCGGCCACGGCCACGCUGCACGUGGUGCUGGCCGAGAGCUUGCAGGAGGCGCUGCCGGAGCUGAGCGAGCGGGCGGCGGGCGCCGAGGCGGCGGGCGAGCUGCAGUUCUACCUGGUGCUGGCGCUGGCGCUGCUGUCGGCGCUGUUGGUGCUGAGCGUGGCGCUGGCCGUGCUGGCGCGGCUGCGGCGGGCCGGGCCGCCCGCCGUGCUGCGCUGCCUGGGCGCGCAGCGCUUGUCGCUGGCCGGCGCCGCCUUCCCGGCCGACUUCUGCGAGGGCACCUUGCCCUACUCCUACAACCUGUGCGUGGCGGCGCCGCCCCGCGCCAACCCCGAGGCCGCUUGGCCGCCGCCGCCGCUGCCCAUCGUGCCCGCGGAGGAGCUUGUGGCCGGGGAGCCCCGCGAGAAGCCGAGCCCGAGCAGCAGCGCCGUCCUGGGAGAUCCGCCCGCCGACCCUAUCUCACCGCAGGGUGGGCACGUCUCGUUGGCGCUCGGUGCGUGCAGUGCCGGGAGGAGGCUGCGGGCGCCGCUGUUGACCGAGAGGAACGAGAGGAAGGUCGGAGCGCUGCAGCCCCGCCCGCUGCGGCCCGGCUCGAUCGCUGGAUCGCUGGAUUCCUGGAUCGGUGGCGGGAUUGCGGAGCAGGAGCCGGAUCGGCGGUCGGUGGCCGGGAUCUGCCGGCGGUGUUGCGGUGCCGGCGGUGCGGCGGCGGCGAUGUGCGCGGCGGGGAGGCGCUGGGGCCGGCGGCAGCGAGUGCUGCUCUGGGGCGUCCUGCUGGCGGCCUGGGAGGCGGCGUGGGGGCAGCUGCGCUACUCGGUGCCCGAGGAGAUGCCCAAGGGCUCGUUCGUGGGCGACGUGGCCAAGGACCUGGGGCUGCAGAUGCCGGCGCUCCGAGACAGCGGCGUCCGUGUUGUCUCUGUCGGUAGGACGCAGUAUUUUGCUUUGAACGGGAAGACGGGACAUUUAGUGACGGCUGAGAGGAUCGACAGGGAGCAGCUGUGCGAGAAUGUGGAGCAAUGCGUGCUGCGCUGUGAGCUGAUAGUGGAGGGGGAAAUGAAAGUUUACGGAAUCCAAGUGGAAAUCACGGACAUUAACGACAACGCCCCGACCUUCAAAGAAAUUGAGCUCGAACAGAGAAUGAGCGAGACGACAGUCCUGGGAUCGCGGUUCCCACUGGCUGAGGCUCACGACCCGGACUCGGGACAGAAUUCCCUGCAGAGCUACGAGCUGAGCGGCGACGAGCACUUCUCGCUGGCCGUGCAGACGGGCCCCGGCGGGGAUCAGCGUCCCGAGCUGGUGCUGGCGAAGGCGCUGGACCGGGAGGAGGCGGCGUUUCACGAGCUGGUGCUGAGGGCGAGCGACGGCGGCGAGCCGGCCCGGACGGGCACGGCGCGGAUCCGCGUGACGGUGCUGGACGCGAACGACAACGCGCCCGUGUUCAGCCAGGCGGAGUACACGGUGCGUGUGCCGGAGGACGUGCCCGUGGGCUCCACCCUCGUCACCGUCACGGCCACCGACCCCGACGAGGGUCUGAACGGGCACGUGAGAUACGCGUUGAAGAAAAUCACAGAGAAAGCCUCGCAGAUUUUCCAUCUCGACUCUGAGACGGGAGUGAUCACGUUAGUGCAGAGCCUUGACUAUGAAGAAGGCGAUUCAUAUGAACUGGAGGUUCAGGCACAUGAUGGUGGAGCACUUUUCGACACGACAAAAGCUACAAUCAUGGUGACAGACAUAAACGAUAAUGCGCCCGAGAUUUCCGUGCGGUCGGCGUUGAGUGAGAUUUCUGAGGAUGCUCCGACGGGGACAGUGGUGGCCCUGCUGCACGUGCUGGACGAGGACUCGGGGGCCAAUGGCGAGGUGCGCUGCUCGCUCGACGGAAGCCUCCCGUUCAGGCUGGAGAGGUCCCUCGAGGACUACUACCGCGUGGUGACGGCGAGAGAGCUGGACCGGGAGCAGGAGUCGGAGUACAACGUGACGGUGCGGGCGGCCGACAGCGGUCGUCCGUCGCUGCAGAGCAGCAGGGUGCUGUGUGUGCGGGUGCUGGACGUGAACGACAACGCGCCGGUGUUCUCGCAGGAGCGCUACAGCGCUCGUCUGUGGGAGAACAACGUGGCGGGCUUGCUGGUGCUGCGGGUGCGGGCGACGGACUCGGACUGGGGGGAGAACGCGCGCGUGCGGUACCGGCUGGGGGAGGGUGGUGUGCGGGGCUCGCCGCUGUCGUCGUACGUGUCGGUGCAGGCGGAGACGGGCGCGCUGUACGCGCUGCGCUCGUUCGAUUACGAGGAGGUGCGCGAGGUGGGGCUGUGGGUUUGGGCGGAGGACGGCGGCUCGCCGGCGCUGAGCAGCAACGUGUCGGUGCGGCUGGUGAUCGUGGACGAGAACGACAACGCGCCGCAGGUGCUGUACCCGCCGGCGGCGGGGGCUUUGUCGGGCUCGGUGUGGUCGGGCGUGGAGCUGGCGGCGCGGUCGAGCGAGGCCGGCGCGCUGGUGGCCAAGGUGGUGGCGGUGGACGCGGACGCGGGUCAGAACGCGUGGCUGUCGUACGAGCUGGCCAAGGCGACGGAGCCGGGGCUGUUCCGCGUGGGGCUGCACAGCGGCGAGGUGCGCACGGCGCGCUCGCCACUGGCCCGCGACGCGGCGCGCCAGAGCCUGGUGGUGCUGGUGAAGGACCACGGGCGGCCGGCGCUGUCGGCCACGGCCACGCUGAGCGUGGUGCUGGCCGAGAGCGUGGCCGAGCUGCUGGCCGAGCUGGGCAGCGCGGCGCGGGCGGAGGCGGAGGCGGGGGCGGGCGAGGCGGGCGGCAGCCUGACGCGCUGGCUGGUGCUGGCCGUGGCCGCCGUGUCGUGCCUGUUCGUCGCCUUCCUGCUGCUGCUGCUGGCGCUGCGCCUGCGGCGCUGGCGGCGCUCGCAGCAGCAGCUGCUGGCGGCGGGCAGCGGCGCCUUGCGCGGCGUGCCGGCCACGCACUUCGUGGGCAUCGACGGCGUGCGCGCCUUCCUGCACUCCUACUCGCACGACGUGUCUCUCACGGCCGACUCGCGCAAGAGCCACCUCCGCUUCUCGGCCGCCAGCUGCUGCGACACCCUGCCGGCCCGGCCGCCGCCCGACGAGCCCGCGCCGCUGCUCGGAGUCGAGGAACCUGCCGGGCCCCAACCUAGUGACCCCGCCCCUCCCCCGCCCCAGCCCGGCCCAAAGUUGGUCCCCGCCGAGCGCGGCCGUGAGGCGGCUGCAGUGUUGUGUCGGCGCCUCCGGGUGCCGCUGUUGGGCCGCCGCCGAGCGUUGCUGGAGCCGCCGCCGCCGCCGCCUGUGCGUGCUGUCCCCGCAGGCUGCUGGCUCGGGCGGGCAGUGCGGGCCAGAGCGGCAGCGGCACGGGCAGCAGAGGCGAGAGGCGGCGCGGGCAGCAGAGGCGUGCGAGUUGGAGGCGGCGGCGGGCCGGGUUUGCUUUGUCGGGCGCUGCUGGGGCUGCGCAGAGCGGCUGCGAGGGAGGCGGGGCAGCGGCAGGAGCCUUGCGAGCUCGGCGAGCGAGCGCCGUGGGCGAUGUCGGGCGGGCGGAGGGCGAGCGGCGGGCCGGGCGGCGGGCGAGCGCUGGGGCUGGGCGCUGUGCUGCUGUGGCUGUGCUGGCGGGCGGCGGCGGAGCGGCUCCGCUACUCCAUGGCCGAGGAGCUGCCCAGAGGCUCGCUGGUGGGGCCGCUGGCCCGGGACCUGGGGCUCAGCGCCGACGAGCUGCCGGCGCGCAAGCUGCGGCUCAGCGCGGACAAGCAAUACUUCACGGUGAGCGAGGGGAACGGGAACCUGUACGUGAGCGAGAGGCUGGACCGGGAGGAGCUGUGCGGCGAGUCGUUGUCCUGCUCGGUCAGCUUCGAGGCGCUGGUGCACAACCCGCUCAAUGUUUUCCACGUCGACGUGACCAUCCAGGAUGUGAAUGACAACUCCCCAGCCUUUAGCAAGGCUGUUUUGGACCUCGAGAUAGGUGAAUGGUCACUUCCAGGUGCUCGUUUUCCUCUGGAGAUGGCCCAAGAUGCGGACGCGGGCAGCAACUCGCUGCUGACGUAUGAGCUCAGCAGCAAUCCGUCCUUCAGUCUAGCCUUGAAAGAAAACACGGGUGGAAUGAAGCAGCCUGAAUUAGUGCUGGAGCAAGCGUUGGAUCGGGAGAAGCAGAGCUCCUUCGAACUUGUGCUGACGGCAGUGGAUGGCGGGGACCCUGCAAUGUCCGGGACUGUUCAGGUUCGUGUGAACGUGUCUGACGCCAACGACAACCCGCCCGUGUUCAGUAAAAGUGUCUACGAGGCGCGAGUGGGAGAGAAUCAGCCGGUGGGGUCGCUGGCGAUGCAGGUGCGGGCCACGGAUGCGGACGCGGGGUCCAAUGGGCGGGUCUCCUACUCCUUCAGCAACGUCCCAGGCGGGAUCCGUGAGUUGUUUGCUGUCGACAGCGAGAGCGGCGAGAUCAAGACUGUGGGUCCCCUUGAUUUCGAGGAGAAAAGUAAAUACAGCUUCACCCUUGAGGCGAGGGACGGUGGUGGUCUGACCGGUCAUUGUCAAGUGCAGAUAGACGUCACAGAUGAAAAUGACAACGCGCCCGAGAUCACCAUUCUGUCACUGUCGAGCCCCGUGCCAGAGGACGCGCCAGCCGGCACCGUGGUGGCCCUGCUGAAAGUGCGGGACCGGGACUCCGGCGAGAACGGUGAGGUGUCGUGCGAGCUGUCGGGAGAGGCGCCGCUGUCGAUCGUGGCGUCGUCGGGCGGCUCAUACAAGGUGGUGACGGCGAGCGCGCUGGACCGCGAGCAGGCGUCCGAGCACCGCGUGACGGUGGUGGCCCGGGACCGGGGCAGGCCGGCGCUGUGGAGCAGCAGGGAGCUGUUGCUGGAGGUGUCGGACGUGAACGACAACGCGCCGGUGUUCGAGGAGGCGUCGUACAGCGCGUACGUGCGGGAGAACAACGCGGUGGGCUUGCUGGUGUUGCGCGUUGUGGCUCGGGACUUGGACGCGGGCGCGAACGGGCGCGUGAGCUACUGGCUGUCGGGCGGCAGCGCGGGCGCGGCGGGCGCGGCGCCGCUGGUGUCGGUGGAGGCGCGGAGCGGCGCGGUGUACGCGCAGCGCUCGUUGGACUACGAGCAGUGCCGCGAGUUCUCGGUGGCCGUGCGGGCGCAGGACGGCGGGUCGCCGGCGCGCAGCUCGACGGCCACGGUGCGCGUCUUCGUGCUCGACCAGAACGACAACGCGCCGCGGGUGCUCUACCCGCCCCCGCCGGCGGCGUCGGGAUCGGCCCCGGGCUCGGUGGGUUCGGCUUUCGAGGUGGUGCCGCGUUCGGCGUCGUCCGGGUACCUGGUGGGCAAGGUGGUGGCGGUGGACGCGGACGCGGGGCGCAACGCGUGGCUGUCGUACGAGCUGGUGCAGGCGUCGGAGCCGGCGCUGUUCCGCGUGGGGCUGCAGAGCGGCGAGGUGCGCACGGCGCGGGCCGUGUCGGAGAGGGACCCGGCCAAGCAGCGCCUGGUGGCCGUGGUGAAGGACCACGGCGAGCCGGCGCUGUCGGCCACGGCCACGCUGCACGUGGUGCUGGCCGAGAGCUUGCAGGAGGCGCUGCCGGAGCUGAGCGAGCGGGCGGCGGGCGCCGAGGCGGCGGGCGAGCUGCAGUUCUACCUGGUGCUGGCGCUGGCGCUGCUGUCGGCGCUGUUGGUGCUGAGCGUGGCGCUGGCCGUGCUGGCGCGGCUGCGGCGGGCCGGGCCGCCCGCCGUGCUGCGCUGCCUGGGCGCGCAGCGCUUGUCGCUGGCCGGCGCCGCCUUCCCGGCCGACUUCUGCGAGGGCACCUUGCCCUACUCCUACAACCUGUGCGUGGCGGCGCCGCCCCGCGCCACCCCCGAGGCCGCUUGGCCGCCGCCGCCGCUGCCCAUCGUGCCCGCGGAGGAGCUUGUGGCCGGGGAGCCCUGCGAGAAGCCGAGUCCGAGCAGCAGCGCCGUCCCGGGAGUGCCGCCCGCCGAUCCCGACGCACCACAGGUCUGUAAGCCCGUACACCCUCUUUCUGAAUCUUUCGUAACUCUUGCUGGCGGAUUAAACCGUAGGUCGGCUGGACAAAAAGCGAGGUGUUCGUGGAGACUGUUCCGUCUCCGCGAGCUGCCCAUGGGCGAGGCAAGGCGGGCCCGCUCGCUGGCGCUCGGUGCGUGCAGUGCCGGGAGGAGGCUGCGGGCGCCGCUGUUGACCGAGAGGAGCGAGAGGAAGGUCGGAGCGCUGCAGCCCCGCCCGCUGCGGCCCGGCUCGAUCGCUGGAUCGCUGGAUUCCUGGAUCGGGAAGCGGUCUGUUUCCGAUCUUCCCCGCAGUGCGGAGCUGAGAGCGAGGAGCGAGGCGGAGCGGCGGGCGGCAGCAGCUGAGAGCAGCAAGCCGGAGCGGGAGCCGGAUCUGCGGCCGGCGGCGGGGAUCUGCCGGCGGUGUUGCGGUGCCGGCGGUGCGGCGGCGGCGAUGUGCGCGGCGGGGAGGCGCUGGGGCCGGCGGCAGCGAGUGCUGCUCUGGGGCGUCCUGCUGGCGGCCUGGGAAGCGGCGUGGGGGCAGCUGCGCUACUCGGUGCCCGAGGAGAUGCCCAAGGGCUCGUUCGUGGGCGACGUGGCCAAGGACCUGGGGCUGCAGAUGCCGGCGCUCCCAGACCGCGGCGUCCGCGUUGUCUCUGUCGGUAGGACGCAGUACUUUGCUCUGCACGGGAAGACGGGACAUUUAGUGACGGCCGAGAGGAUCGACAGAGAGCAGCUGUGCCGGCUGGUGGAGCAAUGUGUGCUGCGCUGUGAGCUGAUAGUGGAGGCGGAAAUGAAGGUUUACGGAAUCGAAGUGGAAAUCACGGACAUUAAUGACAACGUCCCGAGCUUCAAGGACACUGAGGUGGAGGAGAAGAUAAGUGAAAUGACAGCCCCCGGGUCGCGGUUUACACUUCCCAGAGCUCACGAUCCGGAUUCGGGACAGAAUUCCCUGCAGAGCUACGAGCUGAGCGGCGACGAGCACUUCUCGCUGGCCGUGCAGACGGGCCCCGGCGGGGAUCAGCGUCCCGAGCUGGUGCUGGCGAAGGCGCUGGACCGGGAGGAGGCGGCGUUUCACGAGCUGGUGCUGAGGGCGAGCGACGGCGGCGAGCCGGCCCGGACGGGCACGGCGCGGAUCCGCGUGACGGUGCUGGACGCGAACGACAACGCGCCCGUGUUCAGCCAGGCGGAGUACACGGUGCGUGUGCCGGAGGACGUGCCCGUGGGCUCCGUCCUCGUCACCGUCACGGCCACCGACCCCGACGAGGGUCUGAACGGGCACGUGAAAUACUCGAUGAAGAAAGAGACGGACCUGGCUAUUUUUCAUCUGGACUCUGAGGACGGAGCAAUCAGUCUAUUGAGGAGCCUGGAUUUCGAGGAAGGUGCCAACUACGAAUUGGAGGUGCAGGCACGCGACGGAGGAGGGCUUUUCGACACGACAAAAGUUGCGAUCACCGUGACAGACAUAAACGAUAAUGCGCCCGAAAUUUCGGUGAGAUCGGCGCUAAAGGAGAUCUCUGAGGACGCCCCGACGGGGACGGUGGUGGCCCUGCUCCACGUGCUGGACGAGGACUCGGGGGCCAACGGCGAGGUGCGCUGCUCGCUCGACGGAAGCCACGCUUUCCGGCUGGAGAAGUCCUUGGAGGGCUACUACCGUGUGGUGACAGCGAGAGAGCUGGACCGGGAGCAGGAGUCGGAGUACAACGUGACGGUGCGGGCGGCCGACGGCGGUCGUCCGUCGCUGCAGAGCAGCAGGGUGCUGUGUGUGCGGGUGCUGGACGUGAACGACAACGCGCCGGUGUUCUUGCAGGAGCGCUACAGCGCUCGUCUGUCGGAGAACAACGUGGCGGGCUUGCUGGUGCUGCGGGUGCGGGCGACGGACUCGGACUGGGGGGAGAACGCGCGCGUGCGGUACCGGCUGGGGGAGGGUGGUGUGCGGGGCUCGCCGCUGUCGUCGUACGUGUCGGUGCAGGCGGAGACGGGCGCGCUGUACGCGCUGCGCUCGUUCGAUUACGAGGAGGUGCGCGAGGUGGGGCUGUGGGUUUGGGCGGAGGACGGCGGCUCGCCGGCGCUGAGCAGCAACGUGUCGGUGCGGCUGGUGAUCGUGGACGAGAACGACAACGCGCCGCAGGUGCUGUACCCGCCGGCGGCGGGGGCUUUGUCGGGCUCGGUGUGGUCGGGCGUGGAGCUGGCGGCGCGGUCGAGCGAGGCCGGCGCGCUGGUGGCCAAGGUGGUGGCGGUGGACGCGGACGCGGGUCAGAACGCGUGGCUGUCGUACGAGCUGGCCAAGGCGACGGAGCCGGGGCUGUUCCGCGUGGGGCUGCACAGCGGCGAGGUGCGCACGGCGCGCUCGCCACUGGCCCGCGACGCGGCGCGCCAGAGCCUGGUGGUGCUGGUGAAGGACCACGGGCGGCCGGCGCUGUCGGCCACGGCCACGCUGAGCGUGGUGCUGGCCGAGAGCGUGGCCGAGCUGCUGGCCGAGCUGGGCAGCGCGGCGCGGGCGGAGGCGGAGGCGGGGGCGGGCGAGGCGGGCGGCAGCCUGACGCGCUGGCUGGUGCUGGCCGUGGCCGCCGUGUCGUGCCUGUUCGUCGCCUUCCUGCUGCUGCUGCUGGCGCUGCGCCUGCGGCGCUGGCGGCGCUCGCAGCAGCAGCUGCUGGCGGCGGGCAGCGGCGCCUUGCGCGGCGUGCCGGCCACGCACUUCGUGGGCAUCGACGGCGUGCGCGCCUUCCUGCACUCCUACUCGCACGACGUGUCUCUCACGGCCGACUCGCGCAAGAGCCACCUCCGCUUCUCGGCCGCCAGCUGCUGCGACACCCUGCCGGCCCGGCCGCCGCCCGACGAGCCCGCGCCGCUGCUCGGAGACGAGGAACCUGCCGGUGCCCGCUCCGCCGAUUCCGCCCCUCCCCCGCAAGCUCAGCCCAACACAGACUGGCGCUUCUCUCAGACCCAGAGACCUGGAACAAGUGGCUCCCAGAAUGGAGAGGAAGCUGGAGCCUGGCCCAACAACCAGUUUGACACGGAGGUGCUCCAAGCCAUGAUCCUGGCUUCAGCAAACGAAGCUGCUGAUGGCAACUCGACCCUGGGCGGCGGGAAUGGCACGAUGGGGCUGAGCGCCCGCUACGGCCCCCAGUUCACCCUGCAGCACGUCCCCGACUACCGGCAGAACGUUUACAUCCCGGGCAGUAACGCCACCCUCACCAACGCCGCCGGCAAGCGCGACGCCAAGAACGCCGCCCCCGCCGCGGGCAACAAGAAGAAAUCCGGGAAGAAGGAGAAGAAGUAGAAAAGAAGAAGAAGAAGGAGACCUUAGAGCUACAGGGCAGCCGGCUCCAGCACUCCCCCCCAAAAAAAACCCCACAGCCCAGGCCGGAGGACGAAUGUGAAUUUUUUAUUUUUUUUUUUAUUAUUUUUUUUUUUGUGAUGCAAAAGUAGGAAAUGCUGCGAAUGUAUCUCGUCAUCAUCAGGUCUGGGAGCAGGGACUCGCUGCUCUUAGACCUCGUGAUGGAAACCAAUCUGGAAGCUCAACCGAACACAAACAAGUGCCCUGUGAAUAAUGUUUUAUACGAUCCCUCGGGUGUUAGAAUAUGCAAGGGCGGAAGGUCUUUUGCCACGUCUUUGGAUCCGAUUUGCUCCCAGGUAGUCCGAGGCUUUGUGCUCGGCUUUGCCCAAUGUAAAUAAUUUUAACGUGGAUCUUUUAAUUUAUGUAGCCCUUCAAUCAUUUUUUUGUUUGGAAUGGAAAAGGAAGUUCUUAGCUUAGAGCCCACGCUCCAGUUCUUCGCUCUCAAAUUUUCCAUUCAUAAAAUUCACCCCCCCCGCCCUGCCCCAGAUAAUGAUAGUGAUGGAUUUUGGAAUUUGGAAGUUGGUAGGGAGUGCUUCAGUUCCUGCUUACCUGUCACCCAGAAAAAAAAAAAAAACCAAGUGUUUAUAUUGCAUGAAUCAAAGGGAAUAUGGCAAAGCUGCAUCCUAAACAUUUUUUUUGUUUAUUUGGGGUUUUUUUUAAAGUGUAACCACUAAUGGCCUGAAAUAUGAGAAAGUAAAAAGCCCUCCCGAUGUCUGAGAGGCAGGGAAUUGGAUAAGGAGCGUUGCCGAGGUGUGCGGCAGCUGCCCCGGCGGUUCUAGGGGUCUCCGAAGAGCAGACACAUCUCAAACCUUCUUUGCAGUAAAUAUUUAUAUGUACAGUCGAUGUUCUUAUGGAAUUAAGGCUAAGAGAGCCUCGCUCCCCUGCGGCCGGGCGGGUGCCCGGCCGGGUCCCCCGCCCCAGGGGACACCCGGGGACGACGCUUCCCGUCUCUGCACAGUGUCUGCAUGCACGUCCCUCACCUCCCACCUGCACUAGCGCAGUAGCUCCACACGGACCCGGAGGAGUCCUCGCAUGCCCACGCAGCGUGGUGUGAACGCGCCGGCAGCCGCCCGAGCCCCCGCGCCGGGGCUGCCUCGGGGGGAAGGGGUGGGAGGGGGUGGGGUGGGUCAGGCGGGGUGGGGAAACUCCUUGCUUCUUGUUUGGGCCCCAGAAGGUAAUUUGGGGUAAUAAGGCAGUUUUUUAUAAGGCGGUUGUUUCGGGGGGUCUCGCCCGAAGGGGCGGGAUCCGCAGAGCUGCCCGUGCAUGGCUUUGGUGCAGAGUUGGUGAUUGAGUAAGUGAUGGUUGUUUUGGUGGCGUUUGGGGACCAGAUUCAGAGAAGGGACCCAAAAGCAGGGGGUGAUGCUGCAAAACUGGGGGCAAUAACUGAGGGAGUGUCAAAUGGGACCGUGUAGGGCCAGCCUGGAAUAAGUGAUGCUCCCGCUGGCUUUGGGCUUUCCACCCCAUGGAGAGAAUCAAAGGAUGAGGAAUAAAGUUUCUCCACACGCCCAUCAUCCUUGCACCAGGCCAGCUUCCCAUAGCAAAGCAGCUCUGAGCCCUCCAGGGAGGCAGAGGGGGGCUUUGUGUAGCCAGAGUGAGGAGAGGGGCUGUGGGGUGGCCAGGAAGGGGCCGCACCGAGUUUCCCAGGGGGUGUGUGUUGUUUUUUUCCUUUUUUAAUCACUAACACGUAACUCACCCGAGCAGAUCCAGCCCUCUCAGCCAGGCUCACCCUACCCCAGCCCCCUCCCCAAACCCAGGGCAGCAGGAGCAUCCUCCGUGUCUCAUCCGGAUCCAGCCACCUCCAGCUCUGGCUGCACUGGGAGCGGUUCCCACCCUGUCCCCUGCAGCUGCCACCUGCCCCCCCUUCCCUCUAGAAAUGCUGUAGCUGAAUCGUAGUCUUUAUAUUUUCUUUUUAAUCUGCAAUCUGAGGUAGCGUAGUGAGUGUUGUGUAUUUAGUGGCGUGUUAUUUUUAAUUGCAGUAACUAACUUGUGGACAUCAGUAUUUUCAAUUUUCUCUGUAUCUUCUUUCCAUGUGGUCUGUGCUCCGAGUGUACGUGAAAUGAAAACACAUUUGCCCUUUCAAUGUGUCUAAUAUUGAAUUAUACUUAUAUAUUAUAUAUAUGCUUAUAUCCUUCUUAUACCCAUAUAGACCAAUGUCGAUGUGUUACACGCAAGUUUUAUACUCUAAUAUUUAUAUUGCUUUUUUUCUUUGGGAAAAAAAAAUAAUAAAAUGGUUUCUUCUGAAUAA